AUGUCGGGCGUAACAGACGAUCUACCUUCGAAUGAGAAGAGAUGGGAAGCUGCCAUGGCUCGGAUGGGCCUUACAGGCCAAACUAUCCAUGGCGCAGAGCUGAACUCUGCCUCAAAGAUUGAGUACAAACAGUUCUUGCUUCUCCAGGUACUGUGGGAGACGCGCCAUAUUCAAGAUCUGCCGAAAAUACUCCCUGAAUUCAAUAAAUGGAUCGUGAAGGCAGAGGAAAUGCUUCGAGACUACAAAUCAUGGCAGACAUAUUGUCAAGAAUUCUCAUCACAGGAUAUGGGGGAAGGAAACUUCACCAUUGCACGACACUAUCAGCUUGAGGUUAUAAGCACAAAAGAUGAAGUAGAUCCGCGGUCACUCGCAACUCCUAUUGCACAUCGCACACGUGCUCGAGCAUUUAGUCGAAAGUUAGCUGAUAUGUAUUUGGAGACACCCUCAAAAUCCAAGAAUAUCUCCGACUUUCUGGAUGUAGAGGGUUUAAGUCUCGAUACCCCUGAGGACACGCCAGCGAAACCGAGCCCGGAGACCCCAAGUCCACUUCAGGAGACAUCACCUCCUUCUAAAGAGCAAGUGAGCGCACUAUACCCCCCGACAAGAGAUGAACAGAUUGUCAAUUGCGCCCUUGUCAUCUUCAUGAAUGCUCUGACUGUGCCGUUCAAGCUCGCCAACAAUUGGACCUUGCACAGAAAGGUUUUUAAGGCUACUUUUGGAGAGGCUAGUUUUGAAGCCAGAACUGACGGGUAUCUCGAUGACCGGCAAGGUAACGCUCAGGCCAUUAUCGAGGUGAAACCGGUCAUGCGAGCAAAGAAGUUGGCUGCUAUACGAAUGCAGGAGAGUGCUCAGAUGGUUGCAUGGGUCAAAAAUGAUGGCGUGAAAGCAUAUGCAGUGGACAAAGAGCGCUUUCUGGCUUCGCAAGAUCGGCACGAGAUAUUCCUGACGGUUUCUCAAUACGAUGACGAAUACAUCAAAUUCCUGGAAGACAAGAAUCAUAGUAACCAGUCCCGGCCAUUUGUAAUUAUGCGUCAAUUUGGUCCCUGGAGUACAUUGAACCUGGCCCAUAUGAUGAACAUAGCGCCUAUUCUGCUUGCAAUAUCAUUACGUGCAAAUUCCCAACUCAGACAGAAAAGAGAAUUGCUGAUUUAA